UCACUGGCAACAGUGUUAAACAAACUCGAAAACUUGACACAUUGGCUGUUGAUGGAAUCGGGAAGGAUCUCUCGCCAAUUAAACCUCAAAAACCCUGACAGAAAGGAAAAGAAAAGCCGAGUUAAGCUUCUCUCGGUUUUAUAUACCUUGUUUUAGCAGACCUCUUAGAUGAAGGCAGAUGCUUUUACAGCCCACCCGGACUAAAACAACACCUAAUUACAUUUAAAAGUAAACUAUCUUAAAGAUAUAUAUAUGUACACGAUGGCACAAAGAGGCACUUCAUUUUCGAUCCAAGACAUUCUUACCACAGAUAGUGAGACUCGGGAGAGAAAUCAAAUCGCCAAUGAACUGGCAGAACUCUGCAGAUUGUCCGAUCCGGGUUUGCAAAGGGAGACUGGAACAAUCAAUAAGGAGAUCCCUGAAGCUUGCCUCGCAGAUUACAAGGAACUCGCAAAAGGGGAGACUCCGAACCUCAAGAAACGUUCGGAGCCAAUGUCGAGCCCAAGCAAAGGCGAGGAAUCCCAGAUUGAUGGCCAGUCUUGCAGCGAGGACUCCACGGGAGAAGACCCAAUCUAUUCAGGCUGCAAUCAUUUCAAAGAGUGUGAGAGCCAGUCGACUGCGGAGGAAGGGAGCAAGAUGGAAAGAUUAGACCCCGCCGAGCAACCCAAAACCGUGAAGAAGCGCUCCCGGGCCGCCUUCUCUCAUGCUCAGGUCUACGAGCUGGAAAGGCGGUUUAACCUCCAGAGGUAUCUGUCCGGCCCAGAAAGAGCGGAUUUGGCGGCGGCUCUUAAACUCACAGAAACGCAGGUGAAGAUCUGGUUCCAGAACCGGAGGUACAAAACUAAGAGACGACAAAUGGCGCACGAAUUGGCUGCUAACUGCACUCAGACCUUGGCGAAGAAAGUGUCAGUAAAGGUGCUGGUGAGGGACGAUCAGAGACAGUAUCGGACCGAAGAGCUGCUCAGCCCACCUGCCAUUCCCCUUUACCAGGCCUAUCAAUACUACCCGUACAUGUACUGUUUCCAGCCGUGGCCGUCAAAUAUGUCCUUGUGUGGGGGAACCCCCUAACACAAACGAAAACAAGGACAGCAUGACCCUCGUUGGCUAUUCAUGAAAAAUGGAUGACCACAUUCUAACUGGCAGUAUAAUUUUCCAAAAGAACAAUAAUGGAAUACAGUUUUAAACUAAGAUUCCAAAAAUGCACAUUAAGGAAAAUGUUCGUUCGCCCUUCCCCAGAGGAAGAAUUGAUGGAUAAUAUUGUAAAUAUUGUUUAUUAACAAUGUACAAUUAGUGUGCCGCUGAAUGUGCCAAAAUGGACAUUUGACAUUUUUUUAUAUGAUACCAAAGACAGUGUAUUUUAAUGUUUAAUGAAACUUACUGCGCAGAUCCGCUGGGUUUGUCACCCAAAAUAAGCGAUCAACCUGACCACAGGGAUGUACGAUCCCUUCACAACCCAUUUUGCUGGACUGUUUGGAUGUCAAAAUCCAGGCCAGAAAAUGGGGUUGACAUUUUUGGACUCAUUCGGGACAGAAGAACACAUGACAUUUCUUCCAGAGUGCAAUUAUUCCAGUCAGUAUAAGACACACUCUGAAUCAAUUAUUCAUUCUUUUUAAAACCAACCGCCUGAAGAAGUAUGUUCCCCUUCUUUUUUUGUAAGUAUGAACAUGGACAUAUGCAAACAUGUACUAAUGAUUUAAACAAAAUUAGUAUACCGUUAUCUUGCAAGUGUAGAGCAAUUUGCUUGAUAUGUUUAAUAUAAAUAAUUCAUAUAUUAAUGUGAUUUUUUGUUUUGUUUUGUGGAUGUUGUUG